UCAUAUCCUCCAAACUGAAGCGAUUUUCACCGAUUUGUAGGAGUCUUGGAGACCGCUUACUACCAUAUACCUACAGAGAUGGCGGAGUUCGCAUUUGUGCCUCCUGUUAAAGAGCUUCAUGCGGAACAAACUGCGAACGAGACGCACAUCAAAGAGGAGCCGACAGGAGACACUGGAUGGCAACAGGAUGGACAAGAGAGCGUGCUGUGCCAGGAAACGUACAGUGAGGACCAGGAAACCUACGACUACCAGCCAACCGGACAUCCUUGGAACGAGAAUUAUAGUUGGGAGCAGACAACAGACAUUGGACGGCAGCAGGACGAGGAAAGGGACGUUCCAAACGACGGCACGUUCGGUGUAAAAGCGGAAAUGGAAGAGUCUAGCUUUGUUAGUAUUGGAGAACAUCCUGGGAAGGAGAUGGAACUUUAUGGAAAUCCUGGGAAGGAGAGUGACAGCAGGGAGACCCAGACAACAGGUAACCAGUGUGACUAUGCAGCUGCACAUCAAGCCAAUUUGGCCUACCAUAUAGCAACAAAACACACUGGUGAGAAACCCUACAUGUGUGACGAGUGCGGUUACAGUUCAACCAAAAUGUAUGACUUAUGUAUGACUAAAUUAACUGUACAUAUGAGAACUCAUACAGGAGAAAAACCUUUCAAGUGUGACCAAUGUGACUAUUCUGCUAAUAUGGUGGAGUUCACAUGUGUGCCUCCCGUUAAAGAGCUUCAUGCGGGAAAAACUGCGAACGAGACGCACAUCAAAGAGGAGGAGACAGGAGACACUGGAUGGCAACAGAAUGGACAAGAGAACGUGCUGUGCCAGGAAACGUACAGUGAGGACCAGGAAACCAACAACUACCAACCAACCGGACAUCCUUGGAACGAGACUUACAACAGUCGGGAGCAGACAACAGACACGGGACGGCAGCAGGACGAGGAGAGGGACGCUCCAAACGACGAAACGUGCGGUGUAAAAAAAGAAAUGGAAGAGUCCAGCUGUGGAUUUGUUAGUAUUGGAGAACAUCCUGGGAAGGAGAUGGACUGUACAGAACAUCCUGGGAAGGAGAGUGACAACAGGGAGACCCAGACAACAGACAUGAGCCUGCAGCAGGAAACGUGUGAUGUGAACUUUCCCCAACCUGACAACACGUCAACCUCACAGGUACAGGAGAGUAAAGGCAAUAUGGAAAGGCAUGUGGUUGAACACACCAGUGAGAAACCCUACAUGUGUGGGGAGUGUGGGUACAGGACAGCUUACAAAUCUGGCUUAUCUCGACAUAUGAGAACUCACACAGGGGAAAGACCUUACAAGUGUGACCAGUGUGACUAUUCUGCAGCACACAAAUCUACUCUAGACGAACAUCUAACAAAACACACCGGUGAGAAACCCUACAUGUGUGGUGAGUGCGGGUUCAGAACAACUUAUAAAGAAAGCUUAUCUCGACAUAUGAGAACCCAUACAGGAGAAAAACCCUACAAGUGUGAUCAGUGCGACUAUUCUGCAUCAGAGAAAGGACAUUUGAACCAACAUCUAAUGAAACACAGUGGUGAGAAACCCUACAUGUGUGGGGAGUGCGGGUACAGGGCAGCUCGUAAGUCUCACUUAUCCAAACAUAUAAGAAUCCACACAGGAGAAAAACCCUACAAGUGUGACCAGUGUGACUAUUCUGCUGCACAGAAAUCUCAGUUAAACAAACAUCAAGUAAAACAUACUGGUGAGAAACCCUACAUGUGCGGAGAGUGUGGGUACAGGACAGCUUAUAAGUCUGACUUAUCCAAACAUAUGAGAAUUCAUACAGGAGAGAAACCCUACAAGUGUGACCAGUGUGACUAUUCUGCUGCACUGAAAUCUACUUUGGCUCAACACCAAGUAACACACUCAGGUCAAAAACCCUGCAUCUGCGAAAACUGUGCUUACAGGGCGGCUCAAAAGUGUGACUUAUCCAGACAUAUAAGUACCCACACAGGAAAGAAACCUUACAGGUGUGACCAGUGUGACUAUUCUGCUGCAAAAAAAUUCGAUUUGGACAAGCACGUAAGAAAACACACCGGUGAGAAACCUUACAUGUGUGGGGAGUGCGGGUACAGGGCGGCUCAAAGGUCUACCUUAUCCCGACACAUGAGAACCCACACAGGAGAAAAACCUUACAAGUGUGACCAGUGUGACUAUUCCGCAACACAGAAACAUCAUUUGAUCAACCAUCAAACUAGACAUUCCAGUGAGUAACCCUACAUGUGUGUGGAGUGUGGGCACAGGACAGCUCAAAGGUCUAACUUGUCCCGAAGGUAGUCAGCAGGUGGAAAUUCAUAAGGAGGAAGAAUAAGUAUAAACAAAAUAAAAUAAAUAAACAAAUAAGAAUCCCUCCUUGAGUGACCAUGUCGACUCUAAUUGUAUCUUGCCAUGUGUGGUGAGGAAUUCUACAUGAGGAUUGUGGCAAAUGUACCCUCUAAAGUUGCUUAGGUUUGGUCGCUCAGGCACGCCUCCUGUCAAGAAAGUGUUGGUAGGCGACAGAUAUAGAAGUUGACUUUGAACUGCAGCUAGUUGUCGCUGCUAACUAUGCAGUCCUAAACGUAAAGUACUUUUACAUACAUAUAGAUACACCUAAAAGUGUAUAGACGUAGGUUUUGUACCUGAGAUAGUAGCCAUGAUAGAUGUGCUCCUUUCUUUUGUGUUUGCCGCUGAUUUGUUAGUAACAUUUAUGUAAGAAAGCGUUUUUGAAAUCGCACUGUACAGAUAAUCUAGAUGUAGGUUUUAGACUUGAAAUAAUUUUGAUACGAUCUUUGUUUUUGUUUUUCUCCACUGUACACAUGUCGGUAUUAAUUUGAAUACUUGAACAUUUUAACAUUGGUAUAUUUAGUUGCUUUAGUCUACUUUAUUUGAUAGAAUGAUCUAACCUUUACAAUUAUUUAGUUUAUACGUACCGAUGUGUAUUCUAAACAUGAUACACGUUUUGUACACAUGUAUUCGUAGUGUUUAAGCUUAUAGGAAUUUAGAUGAUACUGACUUGUUUAAAAGCAUA